UUAUAUUAAAACCCUUCGUUGAACUAUACCUGCUCCGCUCUGUGUCCUGCGUUUGGGUCCUCCAACCUGCCUCCACACCACGAUCGUGACAAAAAGCCAGUAUAGUUCAUUCUCUGGGUACCAUCAGGGCCGUUAAAUUAGAGAGUUACGACACUCUUUGAUCUCGCCGCUACGCAGUCACGUGGUUCAUGUAGCUCUCCAUCGUUCCAAACGACUCGGCGCUGUCAACCAGUUUGAAUGGGUUUAGGCGGGACGGACACCAGAUGCAGCUAUAUUUUACAACAAUUAUCGCGUUUGUCCAUUCUUUUUCAUCCUGCUGAAGAUCCGUCCUGGCAGAGGAGAGAUAUGGGAGAGGAAGGAACCACUGUUGAACUGACGACAUCUCCAGGGACAAUUUAGACCUGACCUGCAACCUGACACCUCCUCAUGCACAUAUAUGUGCCUUUCUGGUGCCAUAUGGUCUGUUAGUUGUAGUAUGUGGGAUACCUCUGUUCCUACUGGAGACCUCAGUUGGUCAGUACACCCAGGAAGGAUUCAUCACCGGCUGGAGGAAGUUGUGUCCACUGGCAGAAGGAAUUGGAUAUGGAAAUAUUAUAAUGAAACUGUAUGACUUCAGCUACAUUUUAAUCCAAGUUUGGGCUCUCUUCUACCUGGUGUUCUCAUUCAGAUCCCAGCUCCCCUGGGCUAGCUGUGAGAACACCUGGAAUACAGCUAACUGUGUGGCACUCCAGAUUUUGGAUUCUCCCUCAACAAAUUUGACAAAUCAAACAACGCUGAGUAAAACCACCUCUGCUGCUACUGAGUUCUGGGAACGGCGGGUGCUGGCCAUGUCUAGAGGCAUUGAGGAGCUGGGCAGUGUGAGGUGGGAUCUGGCUUUGUGUCUUCUGGCCUGCUGGGUGUUCUGCUACUUCAGUACCUGGAAAGGUGUUAGAUCUUCUGGAAAGGUAGCGUAUUUCACAGCCACGUUCCCCUACGUAAUGCUCCUGAUCCUACUCAUCAGAGGUCUGACUCUACCUGGAGCUUGGGAAGGGAUCUACUACUACCUGUAUCCAGAUCUGAACCGCCUGGCCAACCUUGAGGUCUGGAUAGAAGCUGGAUCUCAAGUCUGUUUCUCCUACAGCCUGACUGCUGGGACUCUAAAUGUCCUGGGCAGCUAUAAUGAAUACAACAACAACUGUUACAAAGACUGCUUUUGGCUCUGUCUGCUGAACAGUGGGACCAGUUUUGUUGCUGGAUUUGUCGUCUUCUCAGUACUUGGAUUCAUGGCUCAGAAACAGGGUGUUACAGUGGACAAUGUGGUUGAGUCAGGUCCAGGUUUGGCCUUCAUUGCUUACCCUCAGGCAACAGCUAUGAUGCCUUUGCCGCAGUUCUGGACAGUCUGCUUCUUCCUUAUGCUCAUUUUUCUCAGUGUUGACACACAUUUUGUGACAGUUGAAAGUUAUAUCACCUCAAUAAGCGACUUGUUUCCAAAGCUGUUUCGUAAACCUGGCAGACAUGAGAUGCACGUCCUUUUCAUCUGUUCCUCCUUCUUCCUCAUACAUCUGAUGUUGGUCACUGAGGGAGGGAUUUACAUAUUUCAGCUUAUUGAUUAUUAUGGCACUACCAGAGCUUUUCAUUAUGUCAUGGCUUUAUCUGAGUGUCUAGCUCUGGCCUGGGGUUUUGGUGCCGACCGUGUUAUUAACGUCAUUGAGGACAUGACAGGACAGAGACCCUGUGUUUUUUUCAAACUGUGCUGGAAAUACAUCAUUCCUCUGCUGUCACUGAUUUCUUUGAUCCUGUACCUGGUUGAUUAUACACACCUCAAGAUUAACGACUGGUACAGUUACCCUGACUGGGCGUACGCACUAGGAUGGACCAUGACCCUUUCCUAUAUUCUCAUGGUGCCACUGUGGGCAGCUGGAAAGAUGUUUUUGACAGCAGGAACCUUCAGACAUCGUUUGUCCAUCCUUUGUCGUCCUGCUGAAGAUCCGUCCUGGCGGAGGAGAGAAAUGGGAGAGGAAGGAACCACUGUUGAACUGACGACAUCUGCAGUGACAAUUUAUCCCUGACCUGCAAAGUCACAUUAAUUAGACACUUAUAAUUAUGUCAUUUAUAGAAUUAGUAAAAACACGGGUUAUCUUGGGUAUAAUUCUAACCUCCUAGCAGUAGCAUCCCUAAACUAUCAAAGGUAUAAGUAUUACUGUGUAAUUUGUAUGUAUCUAUUUGCUAUCAUAGUUUAAGUUGGUUCAAUCAGUUAUGACUCAUUAGCUCUCCCACCAUUUGAUUUUAAUCAUCAGUGUCUUGACUAAAUAAGACAACGUAUUGGUGAGAUCAAUCAAAGAACAAUCCUUGCAUUACU